AGCUUCAAGUUUUCGGCUCCACGACGUGCGUGGUAGUAGGGCAGUAGGAGAAGAAGUAGCGCUCCAAUGCUUGUCGGGCCAGCGUUUGUGCCCGCAAUCGCCCCUGGCAUUGGAGAGGCACAUCAGCUGAAGGCUGCACAGGCAAAGCCCGUGAAGAGUCAGGCCUUCGAACAGACCCGAGUUGCCACCUUUUGUGCCGCCGUGGCCGCAGUAGCUGUCUCUCGCAGGGCCACUCAACGAAAGGCUAAAGCCAAGGAGUCCGCGGAGUCCGACGAGCCCCAGAACUUUUGGCAGGUGACCCGAAGGACUGCUCUCAGCUUCCCGGCCGUUGGUACGGCCUGUGGAGCCGCUGCGGCACGUGCCGCGCCGGCGUUGGAAGGAUAUGCCACGUUGGACAUGAAAGUGGACGACACGGGGUGCGCAGAGUGUGAAUCCAGCGGGCUUGUUGCCUGCGCCAUGUGCGAGGGCACUGGCCAGUUCCGGACGUGCGGACCCCUAGGUAGCGCAUGCCAGUGAAGCAGUUCGUAACCUGUCCUGAAUGCAAUGGUGUGGGCGAGCGGGUCUGUCAGAAGUGCGCUGGCACUGGGCUGCCGGCCAAGCGCCUCAAGGGCCUCAUGCGCGAUCCCAUCUUCGCCAAAGUGGCGUUCCGUCUCAAACGCCAGAGGGUGGACGUGAACACGGUGGACAAGAUGAGGGCGGAUGUGAAGCGAGCCGUUGAGGCGGCAGACAGGCGUGCUGCAGAGAAGGGCGAGACCGUUUGAGCUGACUGAGCCCAUCCAUUCCAAACCCUGCCUUCUCCGAGCUGGAUAACAAAAUAGAAAGUGCAUGAUUUCCUCCAAGCAGAGAGCUCCUAGUGUAAAACAAUCAGCUGAAGCUGCUAUGUUGGCUUCUGCAGUCUUUGGUGGAGCUUUCCUAAGGCUGCUUUUUUGUUCUUUUUCGUGGUGUAUGGUCGUUUGACCUUUCCAAACCGGCACAGCGGCGGUGCGAUGCUGUAUUUUUCAUGAACAUUCGUUUUCUGGACGAGGUUGAGUUGUGUCGCACAUGGCGUUGUGCGUUGUGUUUC